AAACACACCAUAUUUUCAAUUCUAUUUGAAAUGUUGAAUAACUAAUACUCUCCGAUUCAUAAAUUUAAAAAAUAUUUUGAAAAAUACAGAAAGCAUAGGAAAACCUUUAAAGAAAACCUAGAAAUAGAGGCAUUCUGUUUGUGGAUGACCGUUUGCAUUUCGGUAUUUUGAAAAGUAAAAAAAAAAAUAACCUCAUACAAUGGCAUUGCCACAAAUGAAAACUCUGGUCAACACCGCACUUGGAAUAGCAUUUGUUGGAGUCAGCGGUAUUUUCUAUUUACAAAUGAAACAAUUAGAAAAAAUAUCCAAUUCAAGUUUUUUCAAGGAAGCAUUUACAAUUUUACGUGCAAACAAAGCUGCAAUCGAUUUAUUGGGUGAACCAAUCAAACAGAGAGGUUUUCGGUUAUCCGAUACAAGUAACUGGAUGACAUCAGAAGAGGCACAAUUUAAAGUGAAUGUCAAAGGACCCAAUGACAAAGGUAAAAUGCAUUUAUGGGCUAGGCCAAAUGGUACCGACGAUGAAAAUUGGUCAGUAAUGCGAAUCGAAUUAGAAGUCGACAAACAUCCAGAUAGAAGGCUCCUUGUCAAAGAUGGACCAAAAGGGAAAGAAACAGUCUAGAGAUCUCGUUAUGAGUGAUAAUUUUCGUACAUGUUAGCAUUGCUAUUAUUAACAAAGUUCAAUAAAAAUCGAAAAAAAAAACAAACAGGAAA